AUUGACAUUUCUGUCUCAGUAUAGGCCUGAGGUGAAAAUUGUUCUGUAAAAACGUGUAGAUAUGCAUAUAUAGGGAAUAUUAGAGUAUGGUUAUGGAUUUAAAGAAACUAUUUUUAAUCUGAAGUGGAGGACGUGAAGACCAGUAAAGGGAAAAUGGCAGAGUCCAGAGUUCAUACUCAGUUUAAACUCACCUCAGAAGACCAUGUAAGGGCUGAUGUUGGUGAAGAUGUCACACUCCCAUGUCACCUCUCACCUGAGGCCAGUGAUGUUGCCAUGACGAUCAGGUGGUUUAAAGAGACAGAGUGUAUUUACCUGUAUAAGAAUGGCCAGGUGACAGAGAGGAGUGGCUAUGAGGGCAGAGUGAGUCUGAUCACCCAGGAGCUGGAGAGAGGCAACGUGUCUCUGAGGCUGAGAGACAUCAGGGAGUCAGAUGAUGGAGUCUACAUAUGUCAGGUCAUCCAUGGAGAACAGAAGGAGGAGGAUGCAGUGUGUUUAAGGGUCAGAAGAGAUACUUUUAUGGCAUGGGUAGAAGCAAGACCAAGCUCUAUAGGUUCAGACUAUUUACAACAUGAGACCCAGGAGGACAAGCUGAAGAGGGAGGCAUCAGCUGUUGAGCUUGAGUUGAAGAUGGAAAAAGAAUUAAAAGAGAUAUUAAGAGAUGAGAUGAUGAAACAACUAGAGGAGAAAGACAAACAACUGGAUGAUAUGACCCAGGAAGUGAGAGAGAAAGAGAGACUACUGGAGGGAAAAGAUAAUGAAAUAAAGGAGAAGAAGGUUGAACUAGGAGACAAAGACAAGAAAAUAAAGGAAAAAGACCAUCAACUAGAGGACAGAAACUAUAGACUGGGAGAGAAGGACAAACUACUAGAAGAAAAAGAAAAUGAACUAAAAGAGAGGAGGCAGGAACUAGAAGAGAAAUAUAAACUACUAGAGGAGAGAGAGAAGCAGUUAAAGGAAAGAGACAAACAAGUGGAGGAUGUCAACAGUGAAAAUGCUGAACUGGCUCAACAGAUAUGUGAUGUGAAGACUGAGGUAGAGAGACUGAGAAGAGAGACCUCAGCCCAGAUGACUGUGGGAGGAGAGACCUCAGGUACAGACCCCACACUUCCACUGAGGAGGAGAAACAGCAUGGAGUUAAUUCCUCCAGGCAUGGGAGGAGAGAGCAGCAGUCCAGACUCCCCAGUGUCUCCCAGUGUGUCUGAGCUGAGACUGGUGCUGCUGGGGAGGACUGGGGCUGGGAGGAGUGCAGCAGGAAACACCAUCUUGGGCAGAGAGGAGUUUGGGGCCCAGGCCAGCCCCUCUGCAGUGACCCAGAGGAGUAAGAGGAAAGAGGGGGAUGUGUGUGGGAGACGGUUGGUGCUGGUGGACACUCCAGACUGGUUCUGUCCUGGACUCUCUCUGGAGGAGAUGAGACAGGAUGUGGGGCUCUGUGUCCGUCUGUCUGCCCCGGGACCGCACGCCUUCCUCCUGGUCAUACCAGUGGAGCCCUCUAAUGGGGAGGAGAGAGGGGUGCUGGAGAGAAUAGAGGAGAUGUUUGGGGAGGGUUGUUGGGAACACACUGUGAUGCUAUUAAUCCAUGCUGAUGGCCUGAAAGAGCAGAGCAUUGAGGAGUUUCUCCAAGCAGGGAGUCAGGACCUCCAGCAGCUUGUAGAGAAAUGUGGGAGCAGGUACCACGUCCUCAACAUUAAGGACAGGGCCCAUGGCACUCAGGUCCCAGAGCUGCUGGAGCAGGUAGAGGAGAUGGUGGUAGGAAAUAGAGAGAGAUUCUACAGCAGUCAGACUUACCAGGAGGCAGAGGACCAGGUCAGAGAGAUGGAGGGAAAGAUCCAGAGGGAGAAAGAGGAGAGGAAACAGAGGGAGGAGAGAGAGGUGAGAGAUAGGCUUCAGAAGGAGUUGCAGGACUCGCUGAGGAAGAUAGAGGGAGUGAUCCAGGAACAUGAAGGAGAUAUCAGAACACUCAGUGAAAGAACCACUGAACUGGAGAGACAGGUGAAAGAAGAGGGUGAUGAGGAGAAGAAAAGAGAGCUGGAGAGAGAGCUGAAGAGAGAGUCUGAUAGGAGGGAGGGGAUGGAGAGAAAAGAAUGA